AUGAAGAAGAAGAAUUCGAGCUCAUCCGAUAUGCUAGAGUAGAUUAUUAAAUAAUAAGGCAUUCAGCUGGUGACAUCAGUAGUCCAAUGCUUUCUCCUCGCAGACAUAGAUAGAAAGGCAACGAGACUUUCAAUUUUAUGCUCCGAGUGGUCAAUUCUUCGUUUGUGUUCAGCUUAUUGACUCUACCCUUUUAUUUCUAAAUGAUUGGAAUAAUAUUCGGAGUGUUUGGUUGCUUGUUUUUCUUUAUUUUGAGUUUCUUCUAAUCUUUACUUCUAUUGGAUCUGAAGUACUAUGCUCGAUCCAAGAAGAAGCAAGGAACUCUAACAAAGUUAUUUGAACUAUUUCAAAUGCCCAAGUACUCAGCUGAUAUAUAUCGUGGCAUCAUGAUAUUCAACGCAUAUCUAUACAUAGUCCUACUGAUGAGUGUAUUUCAGUCUUCCAUAUAAUCAUUAAUAUAUAUGAUGGCCAAUAAUAAUAUUAAAGACCAGGUAAAUAUGAUCAAAUAUUCAAGUGGGCCCAAUCAUUAGCAUCACAGCAGUUCAUAUAAUUCAUAGGUAGUCUAUUGAUGAUUCCAUUUUUUGUUAAAUGGAAAUACCCAGUUUACAUAGUUGCCAUUGCUAGGAUUUUGGGUGUCUUUUCUAUCUUCUUUAUUAUCAUAGCUUCAUUCGACCUUACACAUGCAAUAAACAACACUCUCUACCCUUCGANGUAUUUAUGA